AUGUGACCUUUAGUUGUGUCAGUUUCCCGGAUAUAAUUAAACUAUAUAAACAUCUACCUUGAUAGUCCGUCACUUGACGUCACACAGAUUUAAGCAUGUCUAAGUUCAGUACAGUUCAUUUUCUUUUGGUUUUGACAGUAACGAUUUUUGGUGCAGCAAAAGCCCAAGUAGAGUGUCCAGGAGGAUGCCCUGAAGGUCAAGUGUGUGAACUUCGUCCAUUCCCCUGUCCACCUGGUAGAUUUUGUAUUCAAAUAGUUGUACCAACAUGUGUUCCACCGCCCGACAAUUGCGGAGGUCAAUGUCAUGAGAGUGAAGUUUGCAUUGACACUGGGAUCAGGUGUGUCCGGGCGCCUUGCAACGAAGCUUUUAAGUGCGUCCCUAACAACAAAUGUGGUGGAUGUCGUCCAGGUCAGGAGUGUCGGGCAGUUAAAGCUUGCGAGCGUCCAGAUCCCUGUAUAACGACCUUUCUCUGUCUGCCCAGAACUGGGUAUUAAAAAGGCGUAAAGAGAGAGUCGCAAGAGAAAGUAAUCCAUGCAUCCAAAUCUUGUUUGAAUAUGUUCGUAUUGGCUCUUGAAAUUAUUCUGUUUAUGUCACCUCUUCGUUUGUAUUGAUCUGAAAUGAAAUGUAAAUAAAUUGUUUAGAAUAUUCAAUUCUUGUCAUAAAAAAAUACAAAAUAAAAUGCUCAAUAAAAAAAUGAAAUUGUUACAA